CCUCCUCCUGCACUCAGGGCUGGGAUUUGUGAGUGAAACAUGAUGAAACCGUCCUCUGGACAAAUGAAAUGAGCCUGUCAACUUCUCCAGGUGGGAUUACUUGGAGCUAAUAGACUUCGCUCCCACAGCACUCCCAGCACAAGAUCUGAAAGCCAGGAAACAGGCGACUGCCCAGCUUGGGGUGCAGUGGAGCCUCUGCACUAUGAUUCUGCACAGUGUCCUGCACUUAUAUCAGGUAACAUAUUGUAUCACCUUUCUAUUUGGAAUACAAGUUUGCUUUGGAUUUACGGCAAAUCGAUUGAAAAGGUCGGAAUCGGAAUGGGAUGAAGGGAUCGCAUCCAUUCUAGCAGAUUCCCCUUGGAUCAGCACUUCUGGGUCCUGUAAAGGCAGAUGUUUUGAACUACAAGAGGCCGAUGCCCCUGCAUGCCGCUGUGACAACCUGUGUAAGAGUUACAACAGCUGUUGCCAAGACUUUGAUCAGCAUUGCCUUAAGACAGUAUUGGAUUGGACAUGGCUCCUACCAGAUGAUUCUCUGGCCAACCCAGAUUCUAAGUCGGCCUCUGCACCAGGUCGAGGAUGGAGCUGCAAGGAGAGGUGUGUGGAGGCCCGAAAUGAGGACAGUUCAUGCCAGUGCUCUGAUGAUUGUCUGGCUAAAGGAGACUGCUGUACGGACUAUCAAAUAACAUGCAAAGCUGGAACUCGUUGGGUGGAUGAGGAAUGUGAAGAAAUGAAGCAACCAGAUUGUCCAGCAGGGUUUCUUCGCCCUCCGUUGAUAAUUUUCUCUGUUGAUGGUUUUCGUGCUUCAUAUAUGAAAGAAGGAGCGAAGGUUAUGCCCAAUAUCUACAAACUAAGGACCUGUGGAACACAUGCUCCUUAUAUGAGACCUGUUUAUCCAACAAAAACAUAUCCAAAUUUGUAUACGCUGGCAACGGGUCUUUAUCCAGAAUCCCAUGGGAUUGUUGGGAAUUCUAUGUAUGAUCCUGUUUUUGAUUCUAACUUCAGCCUUCGGUCGCGAGAGAAAUUUAAUCCCAGAUGGUGGGGUGGGCAACCGCUCUGGAUUACUGCUGAAAAACAGGGAUUGAAGGCAGCCACAUUCUUCUGGCCUGUGACUAUACCUUAUCAGCGGAGAGUAUUAACAGUUCUUCAGUGGCUGCAUUUGCCUGAAAAUGAAAGGCCUUAUGUCUAUGCACUUUAUUCCGAGCAGCCUGAUCAGACGGGACACAAAUAUGGACCAUUUAGCACUGAGUUGACUAAUCAACUCAAGGAAAUCGAUGUCAUUGUGGGCAUGUUAAUGGAUGGUCUAAAGCAAAUGAAACUACACCGAUGCGUCAAUAUUAUAUUUGUGGGAGAUCACGGCAUGGAAGAAGCAACAUGUGAGAGGACUGAAUUUUUGAACUCCUAUUUAAACAAUGUGGAUGAUUUUAUCUUCUUACCUGGUUCUCUAGGACGUUUACGUACUAAGAACAGUGUGGCUAAACAUGAUCCUAAAGUAGUUGUUGCAAAUCUUACGUGUAAAAAACCAGACCAGCACUUUAAGCCUUACCUGAAGCAAUACCUUCCAAAGAGACUGCACUAUGCCAAUAACAGAAGAAUAGAAGAUAUUCAUCUAUUGGUUGACAGGAAAUGGCAUGUAGCAAGAAAACCUGUAGAUGUCUAUAAGAAGCCAACCAAAGGAUGUGUUUUCCAAGGAGAUCAUGGCUAUGACAACAAGUUCAGCAGCAUGCAGACUGUAUUUGUUGCAUAUGGACCUACAUUCAAAUACAAGUCAAAAGUACCUCCGUUUGAAAAUAUAGAGUUAUACAAUGUUAUGUGUGACCUUCUUGGAUUGAAACCUGCCCCCAACAAUGGAACCCAUGGAAGCUUAAAUCACCUCCUAAGAUUGCCAACCCACAAGCCAGCCUUGCCAGAUGACGUCUCCAAACCAGUGCCAGUUGUUGUCUCUCCAUCCACUGUGAAUGAAGAGCUAGGAUGUUCAUGUGACGUUCAGAAUAAAGCUGAAGAACUUAAUAAGAGACUUUAUGUCAAAGCAACCGAUGAUGUGGCAGUAGACGAGCUUAGCAAUGAAAUUAAGGAGGUGCUACCAAGGAACUCAGGCUUGCAGACUGAGGAUGGCAUUGCAGGGUCUGCGCUCUUAGAAAGGUUAAGUGGCAGCUCAGAAGACGCAACUUUAAGUACUUCUUCGUGGGAACACCAGCAGGAGUCCUCGGGAAUGGCAAUGACGAGUGGAGCUGAUAAAACCCCCCUCUAUGGGAGACCAGCUGUGUUAUUUAAGACCAAGUACAGCAUAUUGCAUCACAGUGAUUUCGUAAGUGGUUACAGUGAGAGCUUGAUGAUGCCACUUUGGACGUCGUACACCCUCUCAAAACAGGCAGAAGUAAAUGGCAUCCCUGACUAUCUCUCGAAUUGUGUAAGACUCGACCCACGCAUUUCUCCUGGCAACAGUCAAAGCUGUUCUGCUUACAAAGCUGACAAGCAGAUGUCUUAUGGAUUCCUCUUCCCACCCCAAUUUAGUUCCUCUGCUGAUGCCAGAUAUGAUGCAUUCCUCAUUACAAAUGUUGUUCCUAUAUAUCCAGCAUUUAAAAAGAUCUGGAACCAUUUUCAGAGGGUCCUGGUAAAGCGAUACGCAUCAGAAAGAAAUGGCAUCAACGUCAUUACUGGCCCAAUAUUCGACUAUGACUAUGAUGGCUUAUAUGACACCUCCGACAAAAUCAAAACUUUUGUAGAUGGAUCUAUACCAGUCCCAACACACUACUUCUGUAUAGUUACCAGCUGCUUAGAUUAUAACCAGCCAGCCGACAACUGCGAUGGCAGAUUAUCCGUUAUGUCUUUUAUAAUUCCCCACCGGCCAGACAACGACGAAAGCUGCACUUAUGCCAGGUCCGGUCCCCAGGGUUCCUCUAAAGUCAGGUCAAAGGGGAUGAACUCGGAAGAUGAAUCGAAGUGGGUGGAGGAACUUUUAAAAAUGCACACCGCUCGGGUUAAAGACAUUGAACAGCUGACCGGACUGGACUUUUAUCGAAAGACAAAUCGCAGCUACACAGAGAUCCUUUCCCUGAAGACGUACCUGCAUACGUUUGAGAGCGAGAUUUAAAUCCAAAGAUGCAACUCUCAAGUGGUGUACAUUUUUUAUAUUUUUUUUGUAUUUAUUAAUUUUUAAACCAGGACACUUAAAUAUAUUUAGUAUUUUAAUCCUAAAUGUCACGCACAUGUCAGAUGUCCAGUAACGUUUUUAGAUGUCUGUUAGGAAAUCUCGUUCUUGCUGCAGCUAGGCUGGUAGACUAAGCUUGUUUAAUAGUGCUGCAGAAUUACUUCUUGCACCGGGAACUUUAUUUUUCUGGUGCAACACUGAUGUCUUUGUAGACUUUUUACUAUGUAAUGCAAUAUGUAAAAUGACUUAUAUUAACUGGAAAUUGUGACCAAACAUAUUUAUGUUGUAUGGAUUAAUGGAACCUCAUAAUAAACCACACAUGUUUCAUUUUUAA